AUGGAGACGGAGCGCAACGUCGACACGUUCGACGAGGCGGCGCCUGCUGGCGGGGCACUCUGCUGCUGCUUCCCCUUCUCGAACUCCUCCUGGCAGCGGAUCGACGCGCCGGCGCCGGGCGCGGAUGAUCGGAGCCGGUGGGAGAGGGUGAGGGUCCUGGCGAUGAAAGUGAGGGAGUGGUCGGAGUUGGUGGCCGGGCCGAGGUGGAAGACCUUCCUACGGCGAUUCGGGCGGAACCCCAACAGGGCCAGGGCGGCGCCGCCGCCGGGGACGAUGAGGUUCGCUUACGAUCCAUUGAGCUACGCCCUCAAUUUCGACGAGGGCCACGGAGAAGACUUCGACGGCGACGAUGGGGGACCUCAGGCGGUCGGCUACCGCGGUUUCUCCGCCCGCUUGGCAACGUCUCCGGAGAAGUCCCCAGCGGGCGUCGUCGCCGGCCUCGACGCUCCGCCGCCGACUCCCUUCGUCUUCGGCGGUCAUUGA